AUGCCACACGUCAGUAUGGCAGCAGCGGCAGAGGCGAUGGCAGCAGCGGUGGAAGCGACUUUUGAGUUGACUCAGAAGGCAUCUCUGAUGGUUGGUUCAUGUCUUGACAGCAUGGGAGCAUGGCAGGGGUGGCAGAGGCAACGGCAGGAGUCUCCCCCUCCUCCACUCAUCUAUCGCCUUGUGGCAUGGCAUGGUUCCCCCUUCCACUCCCCCACCCCUCAAGUGCGGAUGCUCGCUUUAACAGACCAUGGCAGCGUGGCAGGGAUGGCAGGGGCGGCAGCAGCAGGAGCACCAUUCCUUUUCUUCCCUUCCCCCUUCCACCGUCCACUCCCCCACCCACCCCUCAGCAUGGCAGGGGUGGCAGAGGCGACGGCAGCAGGGCGGGAGGUGGGAGUGUGCGUGAUUCCCGGGGUGGAGGUCAGUGCUUACUACGACUGCCACACUCCAAAAGGGGCAGGCGGGGUGGGUGCUGGCACUGGUACGAACGGAAGAGGGGAAGAGGGGAAGGAAAUAGGGGCAAGGGGGGCUGGUGCAAAUGUCUCGGUGUCUGGAGAGGGGAUGGAAGAAGAGGAGGGAGGGGAGGAGAGAGGUGGGGACGAGAGGGGAGGGGUCGAGAGGGGAGGCGAAGCGAGGAGGGAAGGUGAGGUAGAGGGGGUGAGAGAGGGGAGGGGUGGUCAAGGGGUGCAUGUGUUGGGGUACUUUCCUCCCUUGGGGCUGCGAGAGAGGUGGGAGAGUGUGCGGAGGGGGGUGAAGGGGGACGGAUGUGGAAGGGAGGAGGGGAGAGAAGGGGAGGAGGAAGGAGAGGGUGGGGAGGAGGGAGAGGAGGGAGGGGAGGGGGAGGGGAAGAAGCAGCGAGUCAGUGACGAUGUGAAUGGAGGAGAGGAAGAGGAGGAGCGAGGAGUUAAGUCAGCAUGUCAAGAGGGUGAAGAGGGCGCAGCAGAAGGCACAGAGAGCGCAGUUGGGAGUGUAGUUGGGAGUGCAGGAGGGGAUAAGGCAGGAAGGGAGGGCACUGCAGGAGGGGAGGGCACUGCAGGAGGGGAGAGCAAGGCAAGAGAUGGACUUGAAAAGCUGGUGGGGGUGUUGGAGGGGAUAAGGGAAGGGCGGCACAUGCGGGCGGCAGGCAUGGUGCAGCGGCUGCAGCAGCUGGGCGUGGGCGUGACUAUGGCGGAUGUGACUCAGGGAGGUGGCAAACAGGCAGGCAUGGUGCAGCGGCUGCAGCAGCUGGGUGUGGGUGUGACUUUGGCAGAUGUGAUUCAGCAACUGGACGAUCCCAAGACAGCACCAGGCAGGGUGCACGUGGCGAGAGCGUUGGUGGCAGUGCGGGCAGUGGGGGACAUGGAGGAGGCGUUUCAGAAGUACAUAGGGGACCAUGGGCCGGCGUAUGUGAGGUGCGAGUGUGUGUAA